GCCCUUGAAGGAGCGAAUGCCAUGGUCCGCGAUUGGCUCUUGAGGGCAUAGGGUUGUUUUUUUUUUAACAUGGAAGAAGGAGGUGGAAAAGAAGAAGUCAUCGACCUGAAUAGUUUCCGGAGCCACCGAGGGAAAGAUAGGAUUAACCACAGAGACGAGGGGCUUAUCACCAUUUCGGACUCUUCGGAUGAAGACUUGCCUGUGAUGCUGGACGUUCCCAUUCACCGACAGUGGGAGGAUGAGGAGGAUGAUGAUGUCGUCAUCUUGAUGGAGACGGCUUCCAAGAAGCUGCUGCGCCCCAACGUGAUCCGUCCGGCCGCUCCCUGGCAGAGUGCAAACAAGUCAGGGGAAGGCGGAUCUCAAAGCGACAUGACGGCAGGGUCAGACGAGAAGCAAAAGGUGAGGAGCCCUCCUUCUCCGAGGCGGCACGGAACCCGCCGGAACUGCGUGACGUUGGGCAGGCAGGAAAGCCAGGACGAGGUCUUGGAGCUGCUGGAGCCCCCGGAACCUGCGGGGCCAAGAGGAGCAGAGCCCGGUCCCAGCGUGGCUCGGACACACGGCGACAAUAAGGAGAUCAUUAACGUGGAAGAAGUGGUCUUGAUCGCGGAUCAGAAGGGGCCGGACCGGGAAGAGCCGCAGCCGAGGCUGGUGCCAAACCUCGUGGGCGCCGUCCGGUGCAUCGAGGAGAACAUGAGACUCGAUCAUCCUUACUUCCAGCCGGCCGAGAAGGAGGCGCACGCCGUAGUCAACCUCCUUUCUCCUCGGCACGUGCCGUUGGAACUUGAGCUGGGAGGGCCGUUGCCGAGGGUCUACCAAGAGGAGAUCCCCGGGCCCGCCUUUCCCAGGCCGGAGCCGCAGCAAGACGGGAUCCCGGGCCGCACGUCCCCUCAGCUGGCUCAGCCGCCCGAGGAAAAGGAAGGGCAGCCGGCAGCAAUAAACGAGCAGGCCGGCCCGGCUUUUCCGGUCCAGGGGUCGCUGGAUUCUGGCGCCAGCGAGAUCCCAAAGCAAAGUGCUGCUGUUCAGCUGGACAAAGACCUCAAGGCUCUUCUCGUCAGAGAAACAGAAGCAAGGUUUCCCGAUGCAACAAAAGAGUACAUUGAGGAACUCAUACAGAACAAAAACUGCUGCGACUUAAACAUACUUUGUAAUUUUCUGUUGGAAAACCCAGAUUAUCCAAAGAAGGAAGGCAGAGUGAUGUUGAAUCCAAACAGCAGCCUGCUCUCCAGCCAAGAUGAGACAAAGGUGCCUAAAGUGGACUACUUUGAUUUCUCCAAGCUCGAUCUGCUCGAUCAGCGCUGCUUUAUCCAAGCGGCGGACCUCCUCAUGGCGGACUUCAAAAUGCUGAGCAGUCAGGAUAUCAAGUGGGCGCUGCACGAACUCAAGGGACACUAUGCAAUCACACGAAAGGCCUUUUCUGAUGCCAUCAAAAAAUGGCAGGAGCUGUCUCCCGAAACCAGCGGCAAGCGGAAGCGAAGGAAAGAAAUGAAUCAGUAUUCCUUCAUAGACUUCAAAUUUGAGCAAGGAGAUAUGAAAAUCGAGAAGCGCAUGUUCUUCUUGGAGAACAAGAGGCGGCACUUCAGGAGCUACGACCCCCUCACGCUCCUCCCGGCCGUGCAGAUGGAACGGGAGUUUUACGAGCAGAAAAUCAAAGAAAUGGCAGAGCACGCUGACUUCCUCCUUGCCCUGCAGAUGAAUGAAGAACAGUAUCAAAAAGAUGGCCAGAUGAUCGAGUGCCGCUGUUGCUAUGGGGAGUUUGCGUUUGAGGAGCUGACGCAGUGCGCCGACGGACACUUGUUUUGCAAGGAGUGCCUAAUAAAAUAUGCUCAGGAGGCGGUCUUUGGCUCUGGAAAGUCAGAGCUCAGCUGCAUGGAAGGGAGCUGUACGUGUUCCUUUCCAACCAGUGAACUGGAAAAAGUGCUUCCUGAAAACAUACUGUGCAAAUACUAUGAGCGGAAAGCUGAAGAGGAGGUGGCUGCGGCCUGUGCGGAUGAAUUAGUCAGGUGUCCCUUCUGCAACUUCCCGGCCCUCUUGGACAAGGACGUGAAGCGAUUCAGCUGUCCGAACCCUCGUUGCAGGAAGGAAACCUGCAGAAAGUGCCAAGGCCUGUGGAAAGAGCACAUGAACCUUACCUGUGAACAGCUGGCUGAGAAGGAUGACAUUAAAUACAGAACAUCGAUAGAGGAGAAGAUGACAGCAGCCCGCAUUCGGAAAUGCCACAAGUGCGCGACCGGCUUGAUCAAAUCGGAAGGCUGCAACCGCAUGUCGUGCCGCUGUGGCGCCCAGAUGUGCUACCUCUGCCGAGCCGCCAUUAACGGGUACGACCACUUCUGCCAGCACCCCCGCUCCCCAGGAGCCCCCUGCCAGGAUUGCGCCAAAUGCUCCCUGUGGACAGACCCAACGGAGGACGAUGAGAAGAUAAUCCAGGAGAUUCAGAAAGAAGGCGAAGAGGAACAAAAGAGGAAGAAUGGAGAGAACAGUUUCAAGCGGAUUGGUCCCCCUGCGGAAAAGGCUUCGGAGAAAAUCCCCCGGAUCGACGCCAUCCCCAGGCCGGUCCCGCAGAACCUCCACCACCAAAUGGCCCCGUACCCCUUUGUGCACCCUCCCUUCCCUUUGCCCCCCGUCCGCCCGCUGUACAACAACCUCGGCCCCAUUAACCUCGGCCCCAUCCCGGCCCCGUACGUGCCCCCGCUGCCUAACAUGCGAGUGAACUAUGACUUCCCGCAGAUGAACCUCCAGCUGGAGCACAACCUUCCUAUGCACUUUGGUCCACAGCCUCGGCAUCGGUUCUGACCCGGUUGCGAGCGGCGCCGAUGCUUCGGGGAAGUCACUGCAGGGAAAGUCCACACACUGGCGGGCACCGCCCUCCCCUCCGCUCCCCUUCCAGAAACCCACCAGCCAAGAAAUCCCAUGUUUGCCCUGUUCACAUCCACCCAUUCCCUCUCUGCGCUGUGCAGAUGUUCCGCAUUCGGGCAGCGGCUGUGAGAAGAGGAGCGGAUGGGAGUCAUGCCGAUUGCUUCGAGGGGAGGUUCUGAAGACGGAGAUGGGAUGGCACCGUUUGAUGAGGGAAGGCAGCGCAUUUAAACCCAUGUGCCAAAACCGUAAUUUGCCUACCUGCCAAAAUUUCAUUGCGAGCCAGGAUUAGUCCCAAUUGGCUGUUGUAGAUCCUGAACCGGAAGUUGUUUUGCUUGGCCAAUCUUGUGUCCGAUAACACAGGUCAAACCACCGAUGCCUUGAGGGUGAAGCAGAAGUUGCCACGAUCCCAGGCUCCUUUCAAAGUGGCAUAGUCCGAGCCAGAGGCCUUUCUAGCAUAGCGACUCUCUUGCGGGUCCCAUAACAAUUAUUACUAAUUCUGAGAAGUCGAACCUGUGAAUUUGCUUUCUGUGUGUCUUCCAUGUGUGGGAAUCUUUUGCCCUGAAGGUUUGGGUCGAGGCAGGACCUACAGCUUGGUAACAGUAUGGCUCCUCAUCUUUGUUUACAUCCUUUAUGGCCACUUGCUGCUGAGUUACAUUGCAAAUUGAAAGGCUUGGGUUGAGGUAGGGCCUCCAGCUUGGUAACAGCACGGCUCCUCGUCUUUGUGUAUGUCCGUUACGGCUACUUGCUACUGAGUUACGUUACUUUGUGGGCACAACUCCAGUUGGUUUUGUG